AUGCACAGACUGCUGCGCCGGCAGCCAUGGACGUGUACCAGAUGCCUCCGCCAGCAGCAACGACACCGUUCUACGGCCACCGGCACCGCUGCCGCUGCUGCUGUGGCAGAUAACUCCUUCGAGUCUGCGUACCUUCAUGCAGCGCCCGCGCGAAACAGUGACAAUGCUUUGCUGCGGGAGGUCUUCAACAACAAAGGCACAUGGCGAACCUCGGAGAAGACAGGCUCGGGACUGAUUGGGAACAACCAUCUGACUACUCCGCGGGGCUUUCAAAAGUUUGCAGAGACAUCGGUGGCCCAAUGCAAGAGACUGGUAGAGAGAACGCUCGCCGCAUCGACGGUAGAGCAGUACAAAGCCAUCCCCAAAGACCUCGAUCGGCUGAGCGACCUGCUGUGUCGGGUCAUAGACCUGUCCGACUUUAUUAGGAGCAUACAUCCAGACGCGGCGGUCGCGGCAGCCGCGUCGGCGUCGUACUCUCUCAUGUUCCAGUACAUGAACGAGCUGAACACGACCACCGGACUGAACCAGCAGCUGAAGAAGGCGUGGGACAUGCCUGAAGUACUGUCCCAUUGGAACGAGGAGGAGAAGAUGGUGGCGCAGCUCUUGAUGAAGGAUUUUGCCAAGUCCGGCAUCGAUCUCCCUGAGAAGCAGAGGCAGCAGUUUGUUUCUCUGUCGAACGAAAUUGCUCAGGUAGGCACCGAUUUCGUCAAUCAAAUGGACCAUGCCAGGACCCGUAUCACGCUCUCCCUUAAGCAGCUCGACGGCGUCGAUCCCACUCUGGUCCAAGGGCUCAAGUCUUGGGAACGAGUACAGAUACCUGUCUACAGCACGGCGUCCAAGGCGAUCCUGAACUCGGCCAACAACCCUACCACGAGAGAAGCCCUUUAUGUGGCAGAGCGAACGGCGUCUAAGCAGACAAUAGCACGGCUCGAAAAGCUCCUCCUUCGUCGCGCCGAGUUGGCCAAGCUCACUGGCUAUGACAACUACGCGCAGAUGACGCUGGCGGACAAAAUGUCCAAGACACCAGCAGCUGUAAGUAAUUUUCUCGAAUCUCUGAAUUCAAACAACACGGUGCAAGUUCGGAAGGAGCUGGCACCACUCCUAGAGCUUAAGCGCAACAUCGACCAUGGUGCAACGACAAUUAAUCCUUGGGACCAUUCCUACUUAUUGGCCAAGCUGGCACAAGUCGAGGCUGCAGCAGGCCCUCGAACAUCCAAGUCUCGCCUACGCGAAAAUGUCAGCAACUAUUUCGCCCUCGGGCAUGUCAUGCAGGGGCUGUCAAACCUGUUUGAGUCGCUGUACGGCGUCCGGCUCGUGCCCAAAGAAACCCGACAGGGCGAAGUCUGGCACCCCGAGGUGAGGAGGUUGGAUGUAUACACGGACAAACAAGAGCACAUUGCGACCAUGUAUUGCGACCUGUUUUCUCGGCCAGGCAAAUUGCCGAACCCGGCACACUUUACCCUACUGUGCUCGCGAGAGAUCUCGAACGAAGAAGUCAGGGAAUGUCAGGAACGAGGCGAAGCUCUGAACAACGGCCUCCCAACGCUGGUGGCCCCGAGUUCUACCUCUAGCCCCAGCUCGACCAGCGGCGGCAGCAAUAGCGGAGAUCUCGCCGACGGGCAAGCAUAUUAUCAGAUCCCAAUCAUCGCUUUGGUGUGCGGAUUUCCCGACCCCAGCACAACCGUGGGCCCGGCCCCGUCGCUUCUGUCGCUGCACAGCGUGACGACGCUAUUCCACGAAAUGGGCCACGCCAUUCACAGCAUCCUUGGCCGCACGUCGAUGCAAGGCAUCUCCGGCACGCGCUGUGCCACAGACUUUGCCGAGCUUCCUUCGGUCCUGAUGGAAUAUUUUGCGACCGACCCAGCAGUGCUCAAGAGCUUUGCCCGGCAUUGGCAGACCGACGAAGUUAUCCCGGACGAGCUUUUGGCGACACUGGCCCAUGAGAGGACGAAACAGGCCGAACGCUCCGGGGCCUGGAACAACGAGGCUCAAAUCCUCAUGUCCAUCUUGGACCAGGUAUACCAUUCCAACGGGCCGGUCGAGGCUUUGCGCACAGGACGGUACAAUUCGACCGCCGUGUACCAUGAUGUCUGGGACAAGUAUGGCAGUGUGCCGGAGCCGCACCAGACGGCGUGGCAGGGCUUCUUUGGCCACUUGUACGGCUACGGCGCCAGCUACUACUCGUAUUUGUUCGACCGGGCUAUUGCGCGACAGGUCUGGCGCGCCGUGUUCAGGGAUGGCCAAGAUGCCGCCGCGCUUGAUAGAGCAGCCGGUGAGCGCUUCAAGCACGAAGUCCUGCGCUGGGGAGGCGGCAGGGACCCCUGGCUGUGUCUAGAAGGCCUCAUGGGCGACGGCCGCGGCGUCCUGGCCGAAGGAGGCGAAGAGGCUAUGCUUGAGGUCGGAAGAUGGGGGGUCGGUGCGUCGAGUGAAGGGGCCAUGUAA